AACCUCAACACCUUCUUCAAUCCCAUAUCCUCUCUCUGAUCCAUCUCUCUCCGAUCUCUGAAAUCCUUGACUCUUACCCAACAUCCCAUUUGUCAAUUUCUUCAUCCUUCACCAUGCUCUGACCCUAAAACCCCUGAUUUCUAGACGACCCAGAACCCUAUUUUCUCAGAUUUCACAGCUCUGGUUCACGAUCUGGGGUGGUUUUGUGAGUGUUGUUUUGUGCAACGCGCGGGCUUAGGGGUUUCGAAGAGCAUACGAUAAUGCCUUCGGUGCCCAUUCAACUCCUGCUACGACCCUUGGUCCCUAACUUGACUUCCUUCCACGGCGGCUCUUGCUCUCAUCGUCUGAAACGUAUAGAAAAAAGCGAUCGGCGUGGUAAUCUUAGUUAACAUUAGGUUUUAAUAUCACGUUGGGUUGUUCUUUUUGUGGUUCUUGCUCAGCUUCCCAGACUCCCUGUUUGUUGGGUUUUUGGUGUUCUUCUCGUUUUGUGGUCUGCAAGAGGUUAGAUAAUUUUGUCAAGAAAUCUGAGGUUUAGGGAUUGGAGGAUCUGUAAGGCUUACAAAGUUUGGUAUUGGUUUAUAAGUUCUUGGUCUCAAGGUUAUUCUAGCUCUGAACAUUAUACGAGAAUCUGGUAUUGUAGAUGGACAUAAGCUCUCCGCGUGGUAAGUCGGUGUUGAAAAAUGUAGACAGCUUCCCAGGUUUGCAGCCCUCUGCGAACCAAGCACAAAGUCCUAAUAGUUCGCUUUCAGAUCGUUUGGUAAGUGACCUUGUAAAUGCUGUUGACGAGUCCUUGAAUAUCAAAGAUGUUGGAGAAGAGUCCUUGAAUAUCAAAGAUUUUGUUGAAGAGUCGUUGAAUCUCAAAGAUGUUAGGAAAGAGUACGUUGGUAUCAAAGAUGUUGGAGAAGUGGAACAUGCUUCUUCUAAUGAGGAAAUUAUUAGCGGCGUGGAGAAAAGAGACGCAUGCGAUGGUCCUAAAGCACAACAGGGAAAAAUCACUCAGACGUGCUUGAAUAAGUGUGUAACCUUUCCUAAUGCUAAUGGGGUGCUGCCUCGUAAUGCCUUCUCAGACAUGGCAGAGGAGGAACCCGAAACAGCCAUGCGGAUGCCUGCUCCUUCGAAGCUACUUUCUGCAAUGAAAGGCAGCCGGGAGAAAGAGGGGUUGUCACCCGGGAAACUUACUGUCACUUGGGCCCCUGAUGUGUAUGAUCCGCCUACUACAUCAAUGUCGCACACAGUUACAGGCAAGAAACAGCAGAAGUCAAAGAACAAGAAAAAUUGGAAGAGAGAUGGAAAGAAGGGGCAAAAGGGCAGCUCUUCUCGAGGAAAAGAGAAGAAGCAAUAUCGCAAAGGUGGGGCUUCCGAGAGGUCUCACAGAUAUCUGGAUUCCCGUGAGACAUUGGUUGGCACAAACAAUGAUUUUGGUGACCUUGUGGUUGGCAGCCCAGACCAACAUUCUUAUUGUGGGAGCUCCUUCUUGAAAAAUUCGCUCACAAGCAUGCAUUACCCAGUUGCAGAAGCCCUGUGAGCAACAUAUUUUGUUGCGAGCAUCACAUCCUACGCUGUGUACAUAAAUAAUUACUACAGUUCUGUUGGGGUUGGUGUUUGAGAAAACUUGGAACAAUAUGCUACUCUGUUUGUGUCUGUCGUCGAGCCAGUGUGGUGAUCCCUUUAUAUAUAAUGCGUGGUUUUCUUAUGUUCCUUUUGCAGCAGCAUUUUGUAAUUGCAUUUGGUGUAAUGGUGGCCUGACUUGUUAAUUUCCUGUUUCGAUAAAUUUAUGGGAUUCUUUGUUCUGUAUG